AUGGAGUCUUGUACGUGGGCGCGGAUGAAGGUCAUGAUCAUAACGAUACUGGCAUUCGGUGGGCUUCCUUUGGAGUUUGGCGCUUCAGCGUCGUACACUAACCGCCAGUCAGCGUUUUCGGCAAGCGCGUGGUCAGGGUUUCCACCUUCUGGGGCAAGCCUGAUACCGGGGGUCGCCGCGCCGCGCGACAGGCUACCGAUCAGCGUCCUGCCCCUGAUAGCCCGCCAUUCAGUUGCAGAGCAGAAAACCCCUUCAGACGGUAUUUGGCCUAGGAUAGACAUGAUGGAUGCUUUGCAAAAUAACAGACCCCUUGCUAUGCAUACCGGUGCGUCUUCUUCUGGAGGAUGGUCCCACGGUGCGCCAGCAGCUACCUCGUAUGGACCGAGUCGACCCGUUGCGCUGCAGACUGGCACGCACAGAGGAAUCCCUGGCGAGCUAUCGCGCACCAAUGAGACACUACUCGCAGGUGAGGCUUUACCAGAUGUGCUCGACGUACAUCUCCUGCACCCACAGGGUGGGCACGGCGCGAAGAUCGUGGUUCCAGUCAUGCUUCCCAUUGUACCGUCGUUUCAGAGGGCUGGAAAAAACCAAUACACUUUGGCAUCCGUCGGUCUUUCGCCUGACGAGGAUGAGGCUGUGUCGCUCCUGCAAGGCCUAGAUGUGUCCGAGGAGACCUUCAGGAACGUUCAACCGCUUACAUCACUGCGUACAAAAACCCUGCAUCAGGAGCUGAGUAACGCAUCAGGUGGUAUCAGCUUCAAUGAUUUCGACACAAAAAAAUUUCUUGCCGAUGUCAAGGAGUUAGUAGAUGGAGAUGCAGCAUUGAGCAAGGCCAUGAAAAAAGCCGCUACAAUGGCGGACGAGGAGAUUCGCAACUAUUGCGAAUUAAGAGAUCUGAAGUGCACCACUAUGCGCGAGUUUGCGCGCGACCUUCCAGAGAUUGUCGAGGAAUGGCCUUUUUCUAAAAUUGUAGAAAGCUUCUUGAGCCACGUCGAACAGAUAGAGGCACUGGCCAGCCAUACUACGAUGACUGGUCUCCGUCCCCAAACGGACAGUGACUCUCAUGGGGGCCAAAUGGCAAUGCAUGCCGGACAGCUACAGGAAGCAGGAUAUCCUUUGCAGGUGGUCUCCGCAGUGAUUUCUCCAGUUACCACAUUCUUGUGGGCGCUGGAAGAGGAUCUUAAAGGCUCUCUGGACAGCCUGGACACGGCUCUUGCUUUGGGCGCAACUGACGCUACUCUUCCUUGGUCUCCGGCUCAUUUUGAUGCCAUGAGUGACAACGCUCGAACCGACGAGUGCAUUAUGACAGAGAAAGCCACACCCGCGAUGCUGGCAAAGUGCAAGACUUUUGUGUUGGAGAUCCCUAUAUCACCUUGCGGCCGAGACGAGUUGCCGAGGGACAACGAGGACAACGGGGGCCCGCCUUCAAGCGUGCUGUUAUGGGGUUUUGAGCUUUCAUGUCGCUCUCAUCUCGCGUGCGCUCAAAAUCUGGAUCAACAACGACCAGACCUCUUGGACGGCGUAUAUAAGCUUGUUGAGUUAGGUCCUGGUGCUGCUCCGGUGUAUGUUAAGGAUUUCCCCGACGGCAGCGGGUGGACGGUGGGUGACCGUCGCGUUGAACGUCUUUAUCUGACCCACUCAUUACCGGGCAGCCGUGGCACCACCGAUGAGAGUUCAUGGGCAGCCAUUGUCCCCAAUGAUCCCCAUAUAGAGGACCUGAAUGGAAAGCCUUACCCGUUCGCGUACAUCGCAACUGAUGACCUUCCUUCUUCGUCGCACGUGGCUGUCGGAUCAGACGGUUCUACUGAAAGCAACGGGGGCGUGCUACAGAGAUAUAAUCUUCCAUCACAGCUAAUGCGGUGGCGUCUUGUCCCUUCUGGCCUGCCAGAUCAAGGAAUUCGCUUCUUUCCUGCUCUAGUGAAGGCCGUACUUUGCACUAUGUUUGCCGACCCCCCUGAUCUGCUAAGAUGA